UCUAAAUCCUGGCUCCUCCCAGUUGUACAAGAACCUAGCUACAUUCAUGCAAUCUAUUCCGGCUGUAGCGAGCAGACUGUAGUCUAGUGGCAUUGCUCGGCGAGAAAUCUAUACGUGAAACUGAAAGAAAGAGCUUCGUUCUGCACGAGUCGAGUCAUCCAUGGCACUCAGCAAUGGAGAUACCAAGGAGAUCACAGGAGACCCCAGGGAUGGGCCACGUCACACCGAGGGAGCUGUAGUAAUUCUAGAUGCGGGAGCUCAGUAUGGAAAAGUCAUCGACAGGCGUGUGCGUGAGCUCUUUGUACAGUCCGAGAUCCUGCCGCUGGACACCCCUGCUUUUGCAAUCCGGGAGCAGGGCUUCAGGGCUAUUAUCAUAUCUGGAGGACCAAACUCUGUCUAUGCUGAAGAUGCCCCUUGGUUUGACCCAGCAAUUUUCACAAUUGGCAAACCGGUCCUGGGUAUCUGCUAUGGCAUGCAGAUGAUGAAUAAGGUGUUUGGAGGCACUGUUCACAGGAAAAACGUGAGAGAAGACGGGGUGUUCAAUAUCAGUGUGGAUAAUUCAUGUUCUCUGUUCAGGGGCCUUCAGAAGGAGGAGCUGGUGCUGCUCACACAUGGAGACAGUGUGGAUAAAGUCGCUGAUGGCUUUAAGGUCAUCGCCCAGUCUGGGAAUAUCGUUGCAGGUAUAGCUAACGAACAGAAGAAGCUCUUUGGUGUCCAGUUUCAUCCUGAAGUGGACCUGACCGAACGAGGCCGGGAGAUGUUAAAGAACUUCCUGUUCGAAAUAGCAGGCUGCAGUGGCAACUUCACGGUCCAGAACAGAGAAGAAGCGUGUAUUCAAGAGAUAAAAGAAAAAGUAAACAAUUCCAAAGUUCUGGUGUUACUUAGCGGUGGUGUGGAUUCCACAGUGUGCACGGCCUUAUUGAACAAGGCUUUGAAUCAAGACCAGGUGAUAGCUGUGCACAUAGACAAUGGCUUCAUGAGGAAGAGAGAGAGCAAGUCUGUGGAGGAGGCACUCAAGAAGCUGGGCAUCAAUGUUAAAGUGAUAAAUGCAGCCCACACGUUCUACAAUGGCACAACCACACUGCCAAUUUCAGACGAAGACAGAACUCCCAGAAAGAGAAUUAGUAAGACGUUGAAUAUGACCACAAACCCAGAAGAGAAGAGAAAAAUAAUAGGAGACACCUUUGUCAAGGUUGCUAAUGAAGUUAUUGGGGAGAUGAAUCUGAAGCCGGAAGAAGUUUACCUCGCUCAGGGAACAUUACGACCUGAUUUAAUCGAAAGCGCUUCAACGAUUGCCAGCUGUAAAGCUGAAGUUAUUAAAACCCAUCACAACGACACAGAACUUAUAAGAAGACUGAGGGAUGAGGGCAAGGUAAUCGAGCCACUGAAGGACUUUCACAAGGAUGAGGUUCGAGCACUGGGCAGAGAACUUGGUCUUCCUGAAGAUAUUGUAUCAAGGCAUCCAUUCCCAGGUCCUGGUCUGGCUAUCCGGGUGAUAUGUGCGGACGAACCUUACGUCUGCAAAGACUUUGCAGAGACUAACAACAUCCUGAAAAUUGUAGUAGAUUUUUCAGCCAGUGUUAAAAAACCACAUACCUUGUUGCAAAGGGUAAAGUCCUGCAUAUCUGAUGAAGAACAGGAGACAUUAAUGCAGAUCACAAGCCAACAUUCACUCAAUGCCUUCUUGCUGCCAAUCAAAACUGUGGGAGUCCAGGGAGACUGUCGGUCCUAUAGCUAUGUGUGUGGUAUAUCCAGUAAAGACAGUCCUCACUGGGAGUCUCUGAUGUUCUUAUCCAGACUAAUUCCACGCAUGUGUCACGGUAUCAACAGAGUUGUCUACGUGUUUGGACCACAAGUCAAAGAGCCUCCUACGGAUAUCACUCCCACUUUCUUAACAACUGGGGUCCUCGGCACACUCCGACAAGCAGACUUUGUGGCCCACGUCAUCCUCAGGGAGUCAGGUUGCGCUGGUAAAAUCAGUCAGAUGCCUGUUAUUUUGACCCCUCUACAUUUUGAUCGGGACCCAUUGCAAAAACAGCCUUCAUGUCGAAGGUCAGUCGUUAUUCGAACCUUCAUAACCAGUGACUUCAUGACUGGCAUUCCAGCCACACCGAACAACCAGAUUGCAGAAGAGGUGGUAUUGAAAAUGGUGAACGAGAUUAAGAAGAUUCCUGGUAUUUCUCGAGUGAUGUACGACCUUACAUCCAAGCCUCCUGGAACCACCGAGUGGGAGUAGGAUUCUCACGUUGUACUCUCUGUGCAGUCGAAAUGCCACCACCCCCCCCACCCCACCCCUACCACCACCCCCACCCCAAGAAGAACAUUCCCAGUGGUGACAUGCAGUGCUGUUUGACUGGAGCUGCUGCAUUGCACCCGUUUCAGUUGUUUUUCCCUUGUGACCAUAAUCUCAUAAAUUCACUGUGUUGGAGGAAAUCCGUGGGGCAGAGGACCUCUAUGGGUAACGCAAGACGCAGCAUCUGGUGCUGGCAAAGAAAGAAUAUAAGUAUUGCUUUAGCCUUUGUGAUAUUAUUCAUUAUGCCUAUUUUUGUUUUUGUCAUUGCUGUCAGUUUUGUAUGUUACGAUAGGAGACUGUUCAUUCAACUUAUGCAGUACUAGUUACCAUUGUUGCAGCAAGAAUAAUGUCAAGAUAAUUACGGAUGUGACCAGUUUCAUUUUAAACCGAUUCAUUAAAACAUUUUUUUUGCCAAAUGGAUUUGGGGGGAGGGGGGGGUGGGCUUCAAAUGCUCCAGCUUAUUUACAUUUUCUUUCGAAAAAUUAGCUACAGUCUGAAUAUAUUUAUGGUUAGGUGACUUUUGCCACUGAAUAUAUAUAUAUAUAUAUAUAUAUAUAUAUAUAUAUAUAUAUAUAUAUAUAUAAUAUCAAAUCCUGAAAUAGGAUGUGAAUAUUAAGCCAGUGCCUGGGUUCUGGAGUUGUUAGCUUUUACUCUGACCAUGCGUACUGUAUCAUAUUCCAUGUUGCAAUAUAUGUUUUGUACUAAACCUGGGGGGAGAGUGUGAGCACAGUAAUCUUUGAAAUCUGUACCCAGACCCUGGGGUACAUUAGCAUCCAAGUCUCAGAAUAUGUGGAUUAAUGUUGCACACUGUAUUGCUAUAUUCUGCUAAUACAUCUGCCAGACAGCUCAUUCACUAAGAUAUAUUCUGAUGGAACAAUUUGUUUGGGGUGUCUGGUUUAUUCUUUUAAAUAAAAGUGGUUCUGUUGGCAGCAGAAUACAGCACUACAAUAUCAAUUUGUUCUGUGUCUUAAUUGCAGAAAGAGAGUUCUUAAUGUAUGACCUUUUUUAAAAUGUCAAUUUUACAUAACAUUCUCAUUUAAAAAUAAAUAAAUAAAUUGCUUAUAUAACAUUUAUUUUGGUAGUUUUGGUUUAAUUGCAAUACUAAAUGGAUUUUAAGCUUAAUUUAUGCAAUUCUAUGUAUGCCGAGAUUAUUCUCAUGUUAAAAACAGAAUAAACCAGUGUUUUUUCAUUUUGUAAUGUGCCUACAAAAUUCCACUGCAUGCAAAGUUUCAACAUUAAAUUUGUAUAAGGAAAAAUAAGCUUUAAUAAAGAACUCUGUGUUUAAA